AUGAUACAAGAGAACUUCAAAGUGAUGCUGUCCAUACAGCUUCUGUCGAGCACUCUGGUGGUGUGUUUUAAUUUGUACGAAUUGACGAACACGCCGCUGAACAGCCCCAAGUAUUUAGAAUUUGUCAUGUUCAUGGCUUGCAUGAUGGUACAGAGUUUCAUCUACUGCUGGUAUGGAAACGAACUGAAACUCAAGAGCGUCGAGCUCGUGGAUGCAAUUUUCCACCUGGAUUGGACGCUUCUCGACGAGGGCGGCAAGAAAAGCUUGUUGAUCAUCAUGUCGAGAGCAAUGAUUCCCAUAGAAUUGACCUGCGCGUACAUAGUCAAGAUGGACGUGGAUACCUUUGUGGCGAUUCUAAAAUUAUCUUACUCGACGUAUAAUUUGCUACAUUCAAACGAAGUAUCUAAAAUGGAAUCUAUGCCAAAGAUCGAACGCAACGAGCGUUCGGGGGAAAUGGGUAUCCUGCAGUCGAUAUUUCGAAUCCUCGUUGUGUGCGGAUGUUGGCAGCCUCCAUCUUGGAGGUCGCCGUUAAAAAAGUAUUUGUACACCGUGUACACGGUGAUCGUAUUGUUGCUGCUGUACACCGUCACGUUCUCUCAAUUCAUGGAUAUAGUAAUGGGCGUUCAGAAUCAGGACGAGUUCAGCGAGAACUUUUAUCUGUUGCUCGCGAUGCUCGUCGCCUGCUACAAGAUCUACAGCAUCCUGAAAAGUCGAGGAUGCAUCGCUGCCAUGACCAACAUACUCGAAACGGAGCCUUUCUUACCGGGGAACGCGGAGGAAAUCGGAAUUAGAAGCAAAUUCGACAAAAAGGCGCAAUCGCUUGCAAAGUUCUACGCAAUUCUGUCCGAGUCGUCCGUAAUUUAUUGGUCGUGCAUCGCAUUUCUGAGACUCACACACGGGGAAUUGCCGGUCAGAGUGUGGCUACCUUACGACUACACGUCAACGUAUUCGCUGAGCCUUACCUAUGUUCAACAAAUUCUAGCCUUUGUCGCCGGCUCGCUGAUGCACGUUGCCUGCGACAGUCUGAUCUGCGGCCUGUUGAUCCACGUUUACAGCCAGUUCGAGAUACUCGAGUGCCGUCUGAAAGCGAUUAAGGCAGGCGAGAAUCAAUUCGCUAGAAUGAUAAACGCAGAAUUUAGAAUGGUGAUUCUCAUUCAAUUCACGGUGAGCACGCUGGUGGUAUGCUUCAGCUUGUAUAUACUGGCAAAGAGGACGAGCUUCAACUCGAUGGUGUUGCAAAUAAUAAUGUACAUUUCUUGCAUGCUAACGCAGAUAUUCGUUUACUGUUGGUUCGGGAACGAAGUUAAACUGAAGAGCCUCGAAAUUUCCAACAUGUGCUUUAAAAUCGACUGGACGCUGCUCGACAACAACACCAGAAGAAUUCUUCUGAUGAUCAUGAAACGUGCGUCAGAGCCCAUCGAAUUUACCAGUAUUUACAUUGUCACGAUGAAUCUCGAGGCUUUCGUGAACAUACUUAAAACUUCUUAUUCUGCGUAUAAUAUGCUUCAACGAGGCAAGGGAUAG